AUGUCCUACUCGCCCUUGCUUGAGGUGGCGCAGCAAGAGUAUUUCUUCACUGUCGUCGUUCGCACGUGUAUCUCCUUCAGCCUAUGCUGCUUCGUUGCAGAUGUCUUGCUUGAUUGGGGCGGUUUUGUAGCAUCGCUUCACGCAUGCAAAGUAGCAGUCAAAUCGAUGUUCUCGCCUUGUCAAUUCACGUCCUUCGAGAGAAGAAGAUCAAGAGACUUCAACAAGACCAGGCUGGCGCGAAUGGUGUAUGCGUUGGACCUGGCGCUGUUACCUUUUUCGGCUCUAUUUAUGAUGCUGGUGAUUUGCAUGUAUACAGUAAGUCCUUCCAACAUUGGUCUUGCAUUCAGGGCGGUGUUCAUGUGCGGGCGUCACUUUGCAACGUUUUACUGGGGGUACUUGAAACGUCGGUACGGUUCCUACCCCGUCGGCGGAGAGUGCAUAUUCAAAGUGGUCAUGCUGGGCAUUGCAUGUCGUGGGUACUUUGCAGACACGCAUAGUUUUCUCAUGUACGGCGGGUUGUGGAGCGCGCUACGAGUGAUUAUUGCAUUAUUGGCACUUGAUUGCAGUAUGUCUGUGAGAUGGAACAUCUACUUCUCUGCAGUGAUGUGCCUCUCUGUCUGGGAUCGGCGCGGGCAGCUACGCAUCGAUGGACAAUCUUCCAUGGCUGCGUUUUUUCACCACUUCAUGAUUGAAUUGGUUACUUGUGUACUUGUCUGCGCUGCCUCAGUAUUUCUGGGAGUUUGCGACAAGGACAUCCUCAAUGCUUCCCGAGAGUCUAGCUUGCAUCUGGCAUGUCAAAGGUUGCUCGCUGUAUUCUGCGACGCCCAGCUGCACAUCUGCCCACGAUGUGGCAUCAUCUCCCAUUCUCCACAUCUUGUGAAUUUGCUGGGCGCAGAAGAUGGGACAAGAGACAUGAGAAGCACUGACAGGAGAAGCACUCUUCAUGGACGCAAUUUCCUUCAGUACGUGGGAGAGUCCGACCAGCAGCGCUUCCAGGACUUCAUCUCGGCGACGGCGGGAUUGCAGUCGGAAGACUCAGCAGCCGAUGAUCCGAUCUUGGGCGAAUGCGCUCGGCGCCCUGCUGCUUCCAUCCAGGUGAAUCUGUGCACGGAGGGGUCGGCGAACCCGAUCCCCGUGGAGCUGUUCCUGAUCUGCCUCGACGACGCCAUCGAUGCCCCCGAGCUCCUGGUCGGGAUCCGGGAGACCUGCGAAGCGCUGCCGCGGGAGGCAUGCACGGAUGCCCCAGGCGUUGUGGCACUGCAGCAGCUGGCGGCCACAGCGCCCGCGCGCGAGCCCGGCCCAGAGGCGGGCGCGCCUGCGGGGGCGCCGCCGGCCAGCGACCCGCGUCGGCCGCCUGGCGCGGCGCCGGCGCUGGCCCGCGAGCAGCCGCACCGCCACCCGGCGGAGCCAGGGGCGGCGUCGCAGCCACCCGUUCAGCACGCAGGCCUGGGGUUGCGAAGCUCGCUCGCGUCGUCCUCGAGGGCCUCGUCCUCGUCCGGGAGCUGCGCGCCGGACGAGGGUUGCGUCUCGUCCAUCUGCCUGCGGCUGGACUCGGCGAGCAGCGGUCUGCCCGUCGAGGACAUGUGCCUGCGCUUCGGCGACAGCGGCCGGGCACCCCGCUUGGAGGAGUGGCUUCCAAGAGAGGCUCUGGAUGUGAUCCACAGGACCGUCCAAGAGCUGGUGAAUCAGGAGGAGUAUAGGGAUGGCGAGGAGGUCACGGCGAGCGUCGGCCUCGGGGCCCUGCGGUUUUCCAGAAGCGGAGCUACGUUUCUGCGGGCGGAGUGCGCAGCGCUUGCAGUCGAAGGCCCCGUGAUUGGCCCACGUGAUUCAGAUGAAGAUUCCGAUGAUUUCAAUACGAUCGUACAGAUGCAGCUGACUGGGGUGUCGAAGUUUCGCAUGCCUUGGCAGAGCGGGCCGCAGAGACUCUCAGGAAGAUUGCCGCUGAUCCACGAGUCACCGACGGAAGCGGCGGGUGAUGGCUGCGCGUCGGCACCACUCAGACACAGAAACAGUGGCCUGCAGAGGAUUGCAAGAGGAGAGCGUCCGCAGCGAUGUGGGGAACGUGUCCGCGGAUGA